CCGAAUGUGAAGCCAACUUCAGCGCCUGAUCAUGUGUUUGGUAACAAGCAGCGCCACGCUCAGGUCUGCGGCUCGGUGCUGGAUCAACAUGACUUCUCCGUACUUCAUGCAAAGCAGGUCCAUUAUCAGCCGGAGCGGCAGCACACCUGCGGCCUCCCUUAGAUCCAAACUAACCCGCAGACAGGGGGACGUGAACGCAGCACCGCCGGUGGAGGUGAAAGUGGAGGAAGAGGAGGUGAAGCUGGAGGAAUCCUUCACGGUCCCAUCAUCAACCGUUGAUGGCAACAAACUGCUCCAGCCUCAACCACAACGGGAAGCGUCAUUGCAGUCCCCACCCAGAAGCAGAAGAAGACAAGUUAAGCUGGAAUAUGAGAAAGAGGACGCUGCUUCCAGGACAAAAGGGGAGGAAUGGGAACCUGUGGACUGGAAGAAGCAGUUGGAUUUUAUUCGUGACAUGAGGAGCGGUCGCAGCGCUCCUGUGGACAACAUGGGAGCAGAGAAAUGCUACGACACAGACGCUCCUGCACAGGUAAGACGAUUCCAGGUGCUGGUGUCCCUCAUGCUGUCCAGUCAAACAAAAGACCAGGUGACAGCAGCAGCCAUGCAGAAGCUCCGAGCGCACGGCUGCACCGUCGAAAAUAUACUCAGCACUGAUGAUAAAAAACUGGGAGAGCUCAUUUAUCCUGUUGGUUUCUGGAGGAGCAAGGUGAAAUAUCUGAAGCUGACGUCAGCCGUCCUGCAGGAGGAGUUUGGAGGAGAAAUCCCAAACAAUGUGGAGGGGCUGGUACGCCUGCCCGGCGUGGGACCUAAAAUGGCUCACUUAGCCAUGGAUAUCGCCUGGAACCAAGUGUCUGGAAUUGGUGUGGACACCCACGUGCAUCGUAUCUCCAACAGGCUGGGCUGGCUCAGGAAGCCCACCAAGAAUCCAGAAGACACGCGGAGGGCCCUGGAGGACUGGUUACCCAGGGAGCUGUGGAGCGAGAUCAACUGGCUUCUUGUGGGUUUUGGACAGCAGGUUUGUCUCCCUGUCAGCCCCCUCUGCUCCGUCUGUCUGAACCAGUACAGCUGUCCGUCCGCUCACAAGGAUUCUCCUGCAAAAAGACCCAAAACUGGAUCCCCACGCUCUCCAAGUCCACGAAUAAAAAACUGAACCAGGACAGGAAGAUCCUGUUAGCAGGGAGACAGAAAAACAGAAAAACGUUGCUCUCACCAGAAAGAGGAGAACAAAAAAACAAACCUGUUGAUUUUUGUCAUCACAAGUUGUUUAAGCUCAGACUCACACUAAAAACACACAGUAACUGUUUACAGUGGAAAUCUGUGAACGUCAGGUUAUAUGAGAGUUUUUUUGACGCAUUAUUAUCAUCUUUUCCUUUUAUAUUCGGUUAAAUAUUUUACUUUCUCUCAUCAAAUAAAAUAUUUUACUGAA